AAAUACUCCAGCAUUCUCCAGUGUUUGCUGAGCGCAGUUGACUCAUCAGCUGCAUACGUUGAAGGCACCGGCCAGGCAGGUGAGCAGCCAGGACCUGCUUCCAUUUUUCCUGACACUUGGCUUUUGAGCAGGAGGGUCCAAGCCGGGAAAAGUAGGAUGGGGGCCGGAGCUAGCGCUGAAGAGAAACGCUCCAAGGAGUUGGAGAAGAAACUGAAGGAGGAUGCUGACAAGGAUGCAAGAACUGUCAAGCUGCUGCUGCUAGGUGCUGGAGAAUCAGGCAAAAGCACCAUUGUCAAACAGAUGAAAAUUAUCCACAAAGAUGGUUACUCGCUUGAAGAGUGCUUGGAGUUCAUUACUAUCAUCUACAGCAACACGCUGCAGUCUAUCAUGGCCAUUGUGAAAGCCAUGAACACAUUCAAUAUGAACUAUGGACACCCUGAUCAGCAGGAUGAUGCCAGGAAGCUGAUGCAUCUUGCUGACACUAUUGAGGAAGGCACCAUGCCCAAGGAAAUGUCAGACAUUAUCUUGCGUUUGUGGAAAGACUCUGGCAUCCAGGCCUGCUUCGAUAGGGCCUCAGAGUACCAACUCAAUGACUCUGCUGGAUACUACCUGAAUGAUCUGGAGCGACUGGUCCAACCAGGCUAUGUGCCCACUGAGCAGGAUGUGCUGAGAUCAAGAGUGAAGACCACUGGUAUCAUUGAGACUACGUUCGGCCUCAAAGAUCUCAAUUUCAGGAUGUUUGAUGUGGGUGGCCAGAGGUCAGAGAGAAAGAAGUGGAUUCAUUGUUUUGAAGGUGUGACCUGCAUCAUCUUCAUCGCUGCUUUGAGCGCCUACGACAUGGUGCUGGUGGAAGACGAUGAAGUGAAUCGAAUGCAUGAGAGCCUGCACUUGUUCAACAGUAUCUGCAAUCACCGCUACUUUGCAACCACCUCCAUCGUACUUUUCCUCAACAAGAAAGAUGUGUUUACUGAGAAGAUCAAGAAAGCCCAUCUGAGCAUGUGUUUCCCAGAGUAUGAUGGCCCCAACACUUACGAGGAUGCUGGGAACUACAUUAAGAUGCAGUUCUUGGACCUGAACAUGCGCAGGGACGUCAAAGAAGUUUACUCCCACAUGACGUGUGCCACAGACACAGAGAACGUCAAGUUUGUGUUUGAUGCCGUAACCGACAUCAUCAUCAAGGAAAAUCUGAAAGAUUGUGGUCUCUUCUAAGAGCCAGACACCAUAAGCAGGGUGUUUUCACAGUCCACGGCUUCCAGAAGUCCUUCAUCAAUUUAACCUAAUGGCAGAAGAUGGAAGCUGACCCCUUUCAGAGCAGUUCUUAAAAAAAGUGGAUACAAAAAACUUAUGAAAAAUAAAUAUGAAACAAGAAUACAUUGAAACUGUUGUGCUCAAAACUAAAUUGUAGCUCUGACAGAAGACAUCUUCUUCACUGCAACUUCGAGGUCAGUCUUCAUUCAGACAUCUGUGCAGAUUUUAAGAUGAGAAGUUUUAGUCAAGCUAAUUUUUCUUAAGCUCAUCUUUGGAGGACCAGAAGUUUGUAAAUGAGACAUCUACAGUGUCAGCGUACACUUGUUAGCUGACAAAAAUGCAGUUGUGAAUAGAUAUCCAGCUAAUGUCUACGUUCUCCUGUAAGCAGCAAGUAUACAGCCAAAGAGCAAUCAAGACAGCCUCAUCACCUGCAUAUGCACUUCAGCCUCUUUUAGUCUCAAAAUUGUCAUUAGGAAAGGCUUUUCUAUAUAAACAACUCUGUAUGUUAUUUAAAAUGCUCACAAAAUGAUCUUUUGAGAAAAGCGUUAGAAAAUGUAAGUUGUUGCAGUCGCUGAAAAGGGCAAAUGUAUGUAACUAAUCAGGUUUUUAUUGGACAGUUUGGUAAUGUGUUGAUCUGUAACACGGUUGAGUUGUAGAUGUAGGUAACUUAAAGUUUUAAAAAAAGUAUUUAUAUAAACUUUUGCGCAAAUUAUCUUGUACAGGAACCGAAGAAAAAUUGCACACCUUGGUUAAGAUUAUUAAAGCUUAUGUAGAAAACCCAGUACUUUUUCAUUUUUCACAAAUUAAAAGAAGCAAAUACCUGU